AUGAAGAACAACAGCAGCUUCAAUUCUUACUUUCAUUUGGCCUUAUUUUCUGAUUUUGGUCCAGUCAGAUAUGUUUUCUUCAGUCUGUGUUUGCUCAUUUACACGAUUAUUAACUGUGCUAAUGUUGUCAUUAUUCUGACUGUCUGCCUGAACAAAUAUCUGCAUCAGCCCAUGUAUGUUUUCAUCUGCUGCCUGUCCUUUAACUCUCUGUACGGCUCAGCCGGCUUCUUCCCCAAGUUUCUCUUUGACAUGGUGUCAGACACUCAUUAUGUCUCACGUUCCACUUGUUUCAUCCAGAUAUUUGUUUUAUACAUGUAUGCAAUAUGUGAAAUGACGAUUCUCAGCAUCAUGGCCUAUGACCGGUUUGUUGCUAUUUGUCAACCUUUACAUUAUCACAGUAAAAUGACAUUCAAGAUGGUGCUACGGCUCAUCAUUUUUGCUGAACUCUACCCUGCAUUUAUAUGUGGUGCCUGUCUUUCCCUCACUAUCCGUCUGCCUCUGUGUGGGAACAAACUGAACAGGCUUUUCUGUACCAACUGGCCUGUGGUUCAGCUCUCCUGUGUGGACACAACAGUGAACAACAUAACAGGUCUGAUUGCUACUGUAACAGCCAUCUUUCUUCCACUGUUGUUUGUCCUGUACACCUACCUGCGUAUUCUGCUUGUCUCCAGGAGAAGCUCGUCUGACUUCAGAGGAAAGGCGCUGCAAACCUGCCUCCCACACAUGGUGACAUUUGUGAACUAUUCUUUAUCAUUUUUUGGGGAGCUCUUGCUGAAUCGUUUAAAAGAUUAUGAAAUUAAUCCCUUUGUUAUUGUUGUUUUGUCUCUGGAGUUUUUGAUUAUUCCCCCCAUCAUUAAUCCUUUGGUUUAUGGGCUGAAACUGCCUCAAAUCAAAGGAGUGAUUUUUGGAUUUCUUAGAUUGAUGAAAAACACUCAAAUGUAG